AUGCCCGGCUUCGAGAAGUACAAGGACAGGAACUAUAAAAGUCGCCAGGAUAUCUGCGAAUGCUGCAACCAGCUCGUAAGCAAGGGCACCAGAGAUUACCACCAGAGCCGUCUGAAGAAGAGGGACAGAGGUGCGGAGCAAGAGAGGCUGGAAGGUGAAGGGAGUAAGAGGGCCAGACAUAUGAAUGAAGACCAGGAAUCAGAAAAUGAAGGCAGAGGUGGUGAUCUCGUCAUUGACGACGAACCAAGAGGCGAAGAUGUGGAAGAUGAUAUCGAGCAGCGGUCGCAGCAGAUGAGCUCUCAGGGUCUCAGACACGGUGUCUCUGGUGGCAAUUUGUUGGUAGCUGGUGAUGAGAGAGGCAAUCGAAACUCCGCCGAGCCACCCAAUUCUCAAAUGCAGCACCGCGCACCACCCUCGCUCAGCCAAGCUCCCAGCACUGUCGACUCUCUCCCAGAUGCGAACGACUCGGAUGCGGAAGACGAGAGAGCAGGGGAGGUCGUUCCUGGAGAUGAAAACCAAGCCUCCGGCGACUCGGAUCAAAGUGGUGAUGGUGAAAGUGAUGGUGGGGAUGGAAGCAGUGGAGACGAAAGCGAUGACUCUAGCGAGCGGUCAGAGAGGGAAAGCUCAAGUGGGAUGAGUGAUGAAGCAUCGGCAAGCGAGCAGAUGCGUGCUCGAAAGAUGAUAGAACUCGGACCCAUCAACCGCCCGUGA